AUGCCAAUCUUGGAGUCAAAUAACAUUAGCCCCAGUGUGACCCCCACACUUUCAUUUACUAACGCACAACACGACAUAGAAAUCAUUACAAAUCCUAAAGAAACUUGUGGAUUUACAGACGCGGAAAACUUGCAUCGUGUGCAUAGUCUAGCAACUCAAAAUCUCACUCGUAUUAUUUCAGAGUCUAGCGACUUUGCUGCAUAUCAGUCUCUAAAUGAAGAGAUUAUUCAAACAUUGAGGGAGGAAGAAAACUUGAGUGUUGAUGCCACUGAACAAGAAGACGCCACUGAACACCCAUACACAAUCUUUUCCAAGACAGAAGUUAUUUGCAUUGCAAUUGAAGCUUCCUGCGCUGCUUUUUUUUCUACAAUUUCUGUCCCAAUCUAUCUAUCAGCUCUCACAGAUUUUGCAAAUGAGUUUCACGUUUCCACGGAGCGUAUUAACCUUACUGUGACCGUAUUCACGAUUGUCCAAGCAGUCAUUCCAGCAGUUUGGGGAGCAAUUGCAGAUUUUAUUGGUCGGCGGCCCGUUAUUGUAAUGUGUCUGGUUAUUUAUAUUGGCGCAAACAUUGGGCUUGCGUUUGCUAAAAACUAUGGCUUUUUAAUCGGAUUCCGUAUCCUUCAAGCUGCCGGCAUUGCUUCCACUGUUGCUGUCGGUUCAGGAAUCGUGGGUGAUAUAACGGAUCGCAAAAACAGAGGAUUUUACAUAGGAAUUUAUUCAGGGCUAUCUAUGGUCGGCAGCGCAAUUGGACCAUUGAUUGGAGGUGCUCUCGCUGCAACCCUUGGCUGGCGUUCCAUUUUCUGGUUUCUCGUCAUUGCGGCUGGCGUCACUUUAGUAUUCCUUCUAGUAAUGCUUCCUGAAACAAGUCGCAAAAUUGCUGGAAAUGGAUCAAUAAAGCCUUCUUCCUGGAUAAAUAAAUCUCCAUACAUGUCUUUAAGAAAACAUUUUGUAAAGGAGUCUCGGGCCGAAACCCUCGCUCCAGAAACAGUUCUCCCACCAUCUCCAAUAAAGCUGCAUAGGACAAUGCAACUUUUCCUAGAAAAAGACGUGAUCAUUAUUUUGCUCCCCAAUGCCAUUCACUACGCCUCAUGGUUUAUGCUCAUUACCGCCCAGUCAACGUUAUUGACAAAACACUACGACUUUUCAACUCUUCAACUAGGAUUAUCUUACGUUGCAAAUGGCGGUGGAAGUGUACUGGGCAGUUUGGUUGGCGGAAAAGUCAUGAAUCUCGCAUAUAACCAUGAAGUCAAGAGGUUUCGUAACAUACACGGCAAUGAGGAGGAAAUUUCACCACAAAAUGCAAAGUUCAACAUCCACCGGGCAAGGUUGUGGCCACUACCAAUAGUUUCGUCAGUCCACAUUGCGGCCACUCUUAUUUUUGGAUGGUCCAUCCAAUAUCAUGUUCAUUAUGCUGUGCCUAUUGUUUUCACUGCAUUUGUAUCAUUUGCCUCAAUGUUCAGCUUCAGUCUUUCAUCAACCCUCAUGGUGGAUCUUUUUCCUUCAGAGUCUUCAAGUGCGGCAGCUGCUGUGAAUCUAAGCAGAGGAACUAUCUGUGCGGUUGGUAUAUCCCUUGUUGAUCGAAUGGACCAGGCUAUGGGCACUGGUGGGACUUUUUCACUCAUGGCUGGACUCAUGCUUUUAUCAUGGGCUCUCAACUUUUAUGAAAUUAAAAAUGGACCAAAAUACCACCAAGAGAGAUUAAAGAAAAAACAAGAUUUGGAAAAAAUUCAACUGGAGGAAGUACAUAUUGAUGAAAAAAAUCUUGGAAACAAUGACCGCAACUGA